AUGGAAAAUGUCGAGUUAAGAGAAUAUCAAGACCGCUGCAUCAAGGACACCUUGGCCAAUAUCAAAAAGGGCAACUAUCAGCAACUCAUCUCUUUGCCAACAGGCAGUGGCAAGACGGUCGUCAUGUCCAACUUGAUUCCAUUGAUCCCUUCACCAGCAGCAAAGGCAACCAAAGUCCUGGUGAUUGCUCAUCGUAUCGAAUUGAUCAGUCAGGCAAAGGCCCAAAUCUCCAAGUUUAAUCCAAAUCUGACUGUUGAAGUUGAGCAAGGCAGCAAUCACUGUGACCCUGCUGCUACUGACAUUGUUGUUGCCUCUGUUCAGAGCUUAAACAGCAAGGAUAAGAAAGACAAGGCUAAACUUCGAAUGGAAAAGUUUGAUCCCAAGGAAUUCAAGGCGUUAAUUGUUGAUGAAGCACACCAUGCAGUAGCAAAGACUUACAUGCGUGUGUUCGAGUACUUUGGCGUGCUGGAACGUGCCUCCAAAGUGUUGCUCUGGGGCUGUACUGCAACUCCAAAUAGAGCCGAUAAGAAGGCCUUGGACCCUGUAUUUGGUCCAAUCUCCUUCCAUUUGGGUUUAUUGGAAAUGAUUGACAUUGGCCAUCUUAGCGACUUGAGAAUCACCACGGUGGACACUGAUGGGUUUUUGGACGAUGACACAUUGCACAGAGUUGUAAUCACCAGUUGGAGACAAUUUGCACAUCAAAGAAAGAGAAAGUCUACCCUUGUCUUUGCUCGCAACAUUGAAAAGACGCAAGAUUUAUGCGAAGAUUUCAUCGCUGAAGGAGUCAAUGCAAGAUUUAUCACAAGCAAGACCGAUUCAAAGACCAGAGCCUCGAUUCUCGAAGAUUUCAAGAGCGGCAAGAUCCCUGUGUUGGUUAAUUGCGCUAUUUUAACUGAAGGCACUGAUCUCCCUCGCGUGGAUUGUAUUUUGCUUGCCAGAAAAACUAACUCAGAGCCAUUGUUUCAGCAAAUGUUGGGCAGAGGAUCUCGUCUUCAUGGGGAAAAGCAGGAUUGUUUGGUUGUUGAUUUCAAAAACAACUUUGAGCGUCUAUUUGAUGGCAUGAUGGACUCUCAAGAUGAUUUGGAUGAAGCUGUCAAUAGCAAGAAGAAGAUGGUCAAGAAGACCAGUGCAAAGAAUGCCAACAAGACAAGCCCUGAAGAUGAUAAAUAUGAAGAUAGUCUUAUUACUAUUAGACAUUACAAGAGCUUACAAGAAAUGAUUGAAAAGAGAAGAUUGCAGAAAGAAGCCAAGUUGUUGUUGGCUAAAUCGCUUAUUGCUCAGAGUAGAAAGAGCAAGAAUGCUGCUGCUGCUGCUGCUGCUACUACUACUGCCAAUCUGGUUUUACAGCCUUCCUUGAGUGACAAGAUUCACAAGCAUUUGGAUGAUAUGACCAUGACCAUCAGAAGCUUCACAGUACCUUCUGCUUGA